GAACCACGACCGGGGGGAGAGAGGUGUCGACACUGCGGUCGGGUCACCCGUGCCGCCGCCGGCGGCGUCGAGUUCUCGCUUCUCUCAUUACCGUCGGGAACCGCCGCGGCACCGCCAGGCCAAAGCAGUAGUCACACGUCAGAUGCGCUUGCGACAUCAUGUGACGUCGUCCCACUUCGUUAUUAUAAAGCGUGCGCGUGUUUAUGAUGACAGGAAAAUGUGAACCGGACUCUUUGCCCGUCGUCAUACCAAUCGCGUCCGAGACGUCUUCCACAGGAAUCCACGACAACAACAAUAACGCGUCUUCUGCGGCCACGCCGUCGCCCGUCACGGCCACUGUGCAUCCCUUUAGCAAGAGGGAACCCAUCGUCACCAGCUCAUCGUUGAUAUUCUCACAGUCGUCUAAUCAAAAGGAUGGUAAAAGGGCCAACAAACCACUAAUGGAGAAAAGAAGACGAGCAAGAAUAAAUCAAUCGCUAGCGCUUUUGAAAACUCUUAUUUUAGAUUCUACUCGAACAGAGAAUACCAAGCAUUCAAAAUUGGAAAAAGCUGACAUAUUAGAGCUUACCGUACGCCAUUUACAACGGCAAAAAGUUCUGAGCUCAGACGUCAGGGAUAAAUAUCGGGCUGGCUUCCAAGAAUGCGCUAGAGAGGUUACCAGAUUUUUGGAGUGCCCCGAACUGCAUAUGUGCAGUACUGGAACUGGAACACUUCUUUCUGCAGGUUCCACAGUUAUAGAGCCGGCUGUAAAACAACGCCUAUUAAGACAUUUAGAUACAUGUUCAUCAGAAAUUGAUUUAGAUUUUAGCAACUCUACAGUUGUUAUCCCUGAUGAUAUUAUCGGCGGGGACGAAGAAUCAAAUUGUAGCACGAUCGACAGUAAAAAUGAUCGUAUAAAAUGUGAGCCUCCAAAGAAACGAGCUCGCAGUAAAUCCGUGGGUGUAGAAGAUAAGGUAAUAGAUCGUGGUGGUCUGACAGCAAGUGUUGUUGUAGCGCCAACUAAUGAUCCUACACAACCAUUAUCUGUUGUACAGGUAAUUCCUUCACAACUUCCUGAUGGCCAAGUUGUAUUCCUUUUACCAAGCCACUACGUCCAUUGCCAACAAAACCAAGGGGCUGAACCAAGGCCUCCAGGUGAUGAACCUAUUGAUUUCAGUGUAAAAAGAGAACAUGAACAUGACAGUAUGUGGAGGCCUUGGUGAAUUCAAACUAUAGAAUUAUAGCCAAUUAGGUGUCUUCAAAAUGUGUUUUUUUUUUCAAUCUUUUUAAAUGAAAUUUUCUUAUUUAUUUCCCCUGUCUGUGAUACAACUUAAGUAUUGGUUUUCUGUGGUGCACAUUUUUUGAGCCUUUUAUUAGAAACUUCAUAAUGUAAUAAUAUUGUAAGAGUGUAAUAUUGUAAGAUAAUUUUUUCAUUUUAGAAGGCUUAGUAAAAUAUGCUUUGAUCAAACCUCAUAAUUAUUAUUCAGAGGUUUUCACAUAAUUUGAUCAGUAAUAUUAUUAUUAGUAUUAUAAUAUAUUAAUGUUACUAAUAUAAAAGCAUAAAUCAUUUUACAAUAUAUUGUGUAAUUAAAAAAAUGUAUUAUAACGUUUGUACCUAAACCUGUUAUUAUUUAAAAGUCUCCUUUACUAUUUUGUCCCAAUUACUAUUUAAUUAUAAUUAUGUGCAAUAUUUUAUUUGUAUGUUAUGACUUAAG